UUUUAGAUGCAUGCAUACCAAUCUCUAAUAGAGUUAAAGUUUAUGGUUAGAGUUGGAAAAUAGCUUGGAGUUGGGGGUCGUUUGUUGCUAGUGAAUCAUAUUUUACGUAAUAAUACUGGAUUAUUAGAGGCGGAAAAUUGCUAUGUUGUUGUGUUAUACAGUGUGCAGGCAAUUUAAUUCAUAAUAUAAGCGUCAUCUCAUCUGUUGGUGAUGCAUAUUUAAAGUUAUUUAGUGUGAUUUACAACCCUCCGUAGUUUUGGAUGACUCAAAUUUUCAACUGGACACGGUUUGAGACAGAUAAAGUGAUUUUGUAGAAAAAUCGAUGUAAUUUUUGUUAUUUGGUGUAAACAAUAAAGGAACAAAAUUCUUAGACUUGGAGAAAAGUGUUUGUGCUAAUAACUCAAUUUGCAAAAUAAUAAUAUUUCUUUGUGGCGUUAGUGCGGUUACAAAAAUUUGUUGCAUUUUCUUCAAAGUUUCUUCUUCAGAAUGACUGAUCGUCCCCCGUUACGAUUUCUCCUCCCUGAAGAAAGUGACACGAUGGGUUUUUCGGACACUUUGGUGGUCGUCUUACUGCGGGCGAUUACCUUCAUUUACGACGUUUUGACCCUUCCCAUCUACACCAUUGUGCAGUACCCGUGGCGAAAAGUGAGAGAGUGCAAGGAGUCAAAGGCCCAGGCCAUCAGCCACGAGGGUGGCAUCACAUUCCGCAGCACGACCCCCAUUUCCAAGAUGCACGUGGAACUCGAAAAGCAAGGGAUCGACACGAUGGAGAAAGUGUUCAAUUACGCCGUACGCAGAAAUGGGUCGAAGCGUUGCUUAGGCUCGAGAGAACUGAUCGACGAAGAAGACGAGGUUCAAAAGAAUGGAAAAGUUUUCAAAAAAUACGUUCUGGGUGAAUACCUCUGGAAAACUUAUAACGAGGUGGACCGACUUGCUUCCGGAUUUAGUAAAGGCCUCCGCCAAAUGGGGUUGGAGCCCAAGGGGAAAAUUUGCAUCUUUGCGGAAACAAGGGCGGAAUGGUUGAUCGCGGCGAUUGGAUGUUUCAAACAGAAUAUUACUUUGGUCACUCUGUACGCGACGCUCGGAGAGGACGCCGUAAUUCACGGGCUGAACGAAACCGAGUGCGAAUUUGUUCUCACGUCGCACGACUUGAUGCCGAAAUUUAGAGUGAUUUUGGAAAAUUCGAAGUCUGUGAAGCACCUGAUUUAUAUGGAGGAUCCUCUGAGAAAAACGGAUGUUUCAAAGUUUCCGGAAAAUGUGAAGAUUCACGGGUUUUGCGAUGUCAUCGCGGCAGGGACGAAGUCUUCGAUUGGUGGGAGCCCCCCGUCCCCGGAGGAUGUUGCCAUUAUCAUGUACACGAGUGGAAGUACAGGGGCCCCGAAGGGGGUUUUGUUAUCGCAGAGGAACGUGUCCAUCGCCAUGAUGGCGUUCUCUGACGCGUUGGGACCCGUAUAUCCCGAUGACAUCUAUUUGGGAUACUUACCACUUGCACACGUCUUGGAAUUGAUGUGCGAGUCGAUAUCCUUCUUAUCUGGCAUUCCUAUCGGAUACUCGACGCCACUGACCAUGACGGACCAAUCUUCCAAAAUUAAACGCGGCUGUAAAGGAGACACUUCUGUUCUCCGUCCGACCAUAAUGGCGUCUGUACCGCUCAUCCUGGACCGAAUUUACAAAGGGAUUCAAGAAAAGGUCGGCGAGUCUGGAAAAAUUGGACAAGCACUUUUCAAGUUCUUUUACGACUACAAACUCAAAUGGUACUACCGCGGAUUUAACACACCACUCGUGAAUCGACUCAUAUUUAAGAAAUUGCGACAAUUGAUCGGAGGUCGGGUCAGAAUUUUGGCAUCGGGAGGAGCACCACUUGCCCCCGAUACGCACGAAUUUAUCCGCAACUCCCUCUGCGUCCCUCUCCUCCAGGGCUACGGACUUACCGAGACAGCGGCUUGCGCCACAAUUUCGCUCGGAUCGGACAUGUCGACAGGCCGCGUCGGGGCGCCAUUAGGCUGUUGUGACAUCCGCCUAGUCAACUGGGACGAGGGCAACUACACCAUAAAAGAUCGCCCCUUCCCCCGAGGAGAAAUUUUAAUCGGUGGCGACAACGUGGCCCUCGGCUACUACAAACUUCCCGAAGCUACGGAAAAGGACUUUUUCGAAGAAGAUGGCCGCCGAUGGUUCCGUUCCGGCGACAUUGCCGAAGUUCAGGAGGACGGCUGCUUCAAAAUUAUUGACAGGAAGAAGGAUCUCGUAAAGUUGCAGGUUGGAGAGUACGUGUCGUUAGGAAAGGUCGAAUCCGAACUUAAAACUUGCCCUUUGGUCGACAACAUUUGCAUUUAUGGCGACGCCUCGAAACAGUUUUGUGUCGCGUUAAUAGUUCCUGCGGUUAAGCAUUUAACCAUUCUUGCCACAAAAUUGGGUAAAAGUGGGGACAUGACGUUGGAAGAGAUGUGCGCGGACGCCGGGUUGGCGAACGCCGUCUUAAAAGAGAUCCAGAUACAUGGGACGAAUUCGAAACUAGCCAAAUUUGAAAUUCCCGGUGCUGUCACGUUAUGCAGUGACACGUGGCAGCCGGACAGUGGGCUGGUAACGGCAGCUUUUAAAUUAAAAAGGAAAAAUAUUCAGGACCAUUAUCAAUCAGAUAUUAAUCGCAUGUAUGCUUAAUUAAAGAGAAAUUAACUAAUUAAUUUUUCAAUUAUACUAAAUAUUUGUUAAGCGCUGUUUGUUAUUAUCUAUUUGUUGGGUUGUGUUUAGACUUUACUCGGUGGUAACUUGCGCCAUAGUUAAAUUAUUAUAAGACUUGGCGCAAGUUAGUAACGAGUGAAAUAUGAACGUAAUACGUUUAGAAGUGUUAAGUAAGAUGACUUUUAUAUGCAUUAUAAAUAAUUAAAAAUUCCAAUUAAUUAAUGGAACAUUUAAGUAAAUACGCAUAGAUAUUUUGGAUGUGAUAAAUACCUACAUUAAAUAUUUAAAAAUGUGUGUACCAAUGAUAUCAUCAGUCAAUCAAUCAACUAAUCAACAAUCAAUCAUUACAGUUACCGAUGUUAUUAUUAAUUCUAAUUAAUAAUCUUCCUAAUACCAGAAAUUAAGAAACUUUUGUAACUCGUAAAUUAAAAUAGUAGAAUUAUGUAUGAAAUAGAGGUUUAUUUUUUAAUAAAAAAUAGAGGUUAUUAGUAGCCUUGUUAUUUAGUCAGAAAUAAUUAAUGGAUGGGAAAAUUGAGAUUGGGUGAGACGACAACGAUUGAGAUUCUUUGUACUGGUGAGAAAAGUGAGAAAAUAAACCAAUAACUACGAAA